AGUCCAAACUGUGGAAACUGCUUCCCACAGCAUGACCAUGGCCCAAGCUCUUGGGUGGCUGCUGCUGCUGCUCUUCUGUUCGUCUGCUCACAGUUUUCUCUGGAGACGGACUCGUGGUGCCUAUGAGAGCAAAGGGAUGAGCCCUACUGGUGAUGGUUCCUUCCAGCAAAAGUUGGACCAUUUUAGCAAAAAUUCUACAGAGUUAUGGCCACAGAGAUAUUUCUUUAAUGAUGCCUUCUAUAAACCUGGAGGGCCAGUAUUUCUACUCAUUGGAGGAUUUGAGACUGUCUGUGAAUCCUGGAUAUCAACAAACAAUACCUGGGUUUCAUAUGCUGAAAGAUUGGGCGCCCUCUUCUUACUUCUGGAACACAGGUUUUACGGACACAGCCAACCAAAAGGAGAUCUGAGUACUGCCAGCCUCCACUACCUCAGCAGCAGGCAAGCCUUGGCUGACAUUGUGAACUUCCGAAUUAAAGUAGCAGAAAAAGUGGGACUCACCAAAAAUAAAUGGGUUGCAUUUGGCUGCUCUUAUGGCGGAUCCCUUGCAGUGUGGUCAAGAAUAAAACACCCUGACCUGUUUGCUGCAGCAGUGGGCAGCAGUGCACCGAUCAAAGCAAAAGCUAAUUUUUAUGAAUACCUUGAAGUUGUUCAAAGAUCUUUGGCCACUCAUAACAGCAAAUGUUUUCAAGCAGUGAGAGAGGCUUUUGGUCAAGUUGUGAAGAUGCUGAGUCUUCGAAAAUACCACAGACAGCUUAGAAAGGAUUUCACGUUAUGUAAACCUAUGAAACGUUUCUCCGAAAUGGACAAAGCCUUUUUUAUAGAACAUUUGGUUUUUCCUUUUAAGUCCGCUGUUCAGGAUAAUGACAAUGAAAGUGAUUAUGAGGGAAUACAGGUUUCAUUCGGCAUGGAUGAACUUUGUGACAUGAUGACUAACACUUCACUGGGUUCACCGUACUAUAGAUUUGUUAGACUUCUACACGUACUAUUCAAGGAUGAAUAUUUGCGUUGCUUUCCUGCACAAUACGAAAAGAAACUGGAAGUCUACUUGGACUCUUCCAUCAACCACCACAAUCCCACAAAAGCCAGGCAAUACUUCUAUCAGUGUUGCACUGAAUUUGGGUUCUUUCACACCACGGAUUCAAAGAACCAGCUCUUCACUGGAUUGCCUCUCAGUUAUUUUGUUCAGCAAUGUUCUGAUUUCUUUGGCCCUGAGUUCAAUUAUGAUUCAUUGAAUAUGGGUGUUAUGUCCACCAAUGCGUACUAUGGUGGCUUCAAAGUGACAGGAAGCAAAAUCAUCUUUUCCAAUGGUUCCUUUGAUCCUUGGCACCCUCUGGGAAUUACAAAGGAUAUCAGUAAAGAUUUGCCUGCUGUCUUCAUUAAAGGUGCAGUACAUUGUGCAGAUAUGUACCAACAAAAAGAUACUGAUUCAGCUGAACUAAUUCAAGCACGAGAAAAAAUCUUCCAGAUUCUACAACAAUGGCUAAAGGAAUAGAUCUCUCUGAAAAACAAAUACAACAGAACCUGAAAUCUGGACUCCCAUUUUAUUGUUCAAAUGUAAAAUGUCCUACAAGGGUGAAAUUAGACCAGCCCCUCUCUGUAUGUUUACAGUCGGUUUUGAUUUCAUGGAGUCAUCUUGUUCCU